GUCCUAAAGCAAGCAAGAGACUCCACUGAUCAUAAACAAGCGGCUAAUGCUUGCAUCAACAGCGAACAACACUUAAGAAUAAUGUAAUGAUAAAGGUAUCCUUUCAGAAUUCCCUAUAAAUAGGCCUGUAUGCUAUAACACACUCAGUCAACAUUGGGUGUCUACCUCUGAAACUCGAACAAUGGGGGAGAGAAUGCGAUUUCCAGUCGGAAUAUUGGGGAACGCAGCCUCCUUGUUCCUAUACACAGCACCCAUAUUAACUUUCAAAAGAGUUAUUAGAAAGGAAAGUACGGAGGAGUUCUCAUGCAUCGCAUACAUCAUUGCUCUGCUGAAUUGCCUUCUAUAUACUUGGUUUGGUAUGCCAGUGGUAAGCAAAGGUUGGGAGAACUUCACGGUGGCUACCAUCAAUGGCUUAGGGAUCCUUCUCGAGACCUCAUUCAUUAUAAUUUACGUAUGGUUUUCAUCACCAAAACGUAAGAAAUUAGUUAUUCUGAUGGUGACAGUGGUAAUCAUCCUAUUCGGCGCGACUGCAUCGGUUUCAUGUUUUGUGUUGCAUGAUCACCCUCACCGAAAAUUGUUUGUUGGAGUGGUUUCUCUAGUAGCUUCCAUAGCCAUGUAUGGUUCCCCAUUAGUAGCUAUGAGGCUAGUGAUCAAGACAAAAAGUGUGGAGUUCAUGCCCUUCUAUUUAUCAUUCUUCUCCUUCUUCGCUAGUUCUCUCUGGAUGCUAUAUGGCCUUUUAGGCCAUGAGUUCUUCAUUGCGGCACCUAAUUUCUUGGGUACUCCUAUGGGAGUCCUUCAGCUGGUACUCUAUUGCAUGUGUAAGAACAAGAAACAAGCUUAUGAAGAACCUAACAAUGUGGAUGUAGAGAAGAAUGGAGAAAAGCCGACUUCCCAAAGAUAAUUCAAUACUGGAAGAAAAGAAAUUGGAUUAACAAUGUGGAAUAAGAGUUUCCAAUCAAUCUCUACCUUUUAUUGACAUCUAUAUAGUAGCUAAUCUAUGCAGAUGUAACAUUUCCUGCAUCACCCCGUCAUUUGAUGAAGUA